GGGCAUAUUAUUAUUCACUACGGUGGCUUCUAUGACCAGGCCAAUAUCCAAGCCCCAUGGAGUAGCACUAGAUUGUCCCAAGAGAAUAUCCUUCAUUCAACAAGACAAGAAAAGUAACAUACUAGAAUUAUACUCUCAUAUACCAUACUAUAUUAUUAUUAUUAUACAUGAAAAACCGGCAAAAACAAUGCUACUUGUUGAACAUAGAAGGUUAUAACUUAUUAGUUCAUAAUUUAUUCAGUUAUAAAUACACUUCACUCAUUUCCAUUUGGACACUCCCUUUGAUCAUUCUGUUGUGCAAAAAAGUGAGGAAAAAAUCCUUAACAUUGCCAUGAAGUUCUGGAAGAUCUUGAAGAGCCAGAUCGAGCAGACGCUGCCAGAAUGGGGCGACCAGUUCUUGUCUUACAAAAACUUAAAGAAACAGCUGAAGAUUAUGUGUCCUAAAGAUGCUCACACCCCGGCAAAAUUGGAAGCUUACCAGGUCAACCAUUUUCUUUACCUAUUGGCGGUCGAGAUUGAGAAGUUCAACACUUUCUUUGUUAACAAGGAAGAAGAAUACAUCAUUAAAUGGAAGUUGUUGCAAGACAGAGUUGAUAGAGCCAUGGAUUAUUCAGAUGUGGAGUUGAUGUCAUUAGGGAGAGAAAUAGUGGAUUUCCAUGGAGAGAUGGUUUUGUUAAUGAAUUAUAGUGCACUUAACUACACAGGUUUAGUGAAGAUAAUAAAGAAACAUGACAAGCGAACCGGUGCGCUGCUUCGCUUGCCUUUUAUUCAAGAGGUGCUGAACCAGCCUUUUUUCGAAACCGAUGUGCUUAAUAGCCUUAUUAAGGAGUGUGAGGUGAUACUAAAUAUAUUUUUCACCAACAAUGAUGAGCCUUCUUACCCUUGCACAUCAACUAGUGAGGAAAAUGAGGAAGAUGGAAGUGGUUCCAAUGUGAUUGGAGCUGAAAAUAAAGAGAAGCUAAUGCAGGUUCCUAAAGAACUUGCUGAAAUUGAAAAUAUGGAGAAUGUGUUCAUCAAACUAACAUUAUCAGCAUUGCAUACCUUAGAAGAAAUUCGGGGUCGAAGCUCAAUGCUCGUCUAUGCAGAGAUUUUGCAGAAACAAGAGGUAAAAACUAAAAGAUCAGAUGAAGCUUGUGGAGAAAAAAGGAAAAGGUAGCACAUGUUCCAUUACAUGGAUUCUGAAUCUGAAUCUGAAUCUGAAGCUACUCAUCAUA